UAUACCCACAUUUUUCAUCUCCUUUGUAUCCAGCACGGCACCCUUACAAGCAUAUAAUUUCAUGUUUGUAAUUUGGCCUUUAAAUGAAUGAGCGAUAGUAGUAGUGCUACAAAAAUCAUCAACUCGCAUUUAUUGUCACUACUCGACAGUGCCAAAGAUUGACAGAAGAUGCUGGAGCACGCAGAUUUUGGAAUCAACAUCCAAUCCAGCAACGUGGUCACUACUGCAUUCAAGAGCUGUAAUGGAUGUUUCUGGUUGUAUCAUGUGUGCAAUCCAAUGGUCCCUGAACGCGCUCCUUUUCAUCUGGCUCCUCCGUUUCCUUAUAACAUUAUGCAUACCUGAAAGGAGGAAGCCUUCAACCACAUCGGGCAAAUCCACGCGACAGUCUCAAGAUGGCGGAUCUGUCGAAACGACUAACUUGUUAACACCAAUUCCAUUAACUCCGUUUUAUGUUGAAAGUGUGGUUUGAUAUAUUAAGUUCCGAAGUUUUUGUUUCAAGUUAAUAGUCGA